AUGGCUUCAUCAAGUGCUGGUGGUAGUAGUAGCAAUUCGGCUUCUAUUAGUGUAAGUAACACUACUAUUGGAGGGAGGAAAUUGUCUAGAAAUGCUCCUGGAAAUAAGUUAGAUCCUGGAUGGAAGCAUUCAAUUGAAGUUCCAGGAACAAAAAAGCUUAAAUGCAAGUAUUGUCCCAAAAUAAUGUCUGCUGGAGUUUUUCGUGUGAAGCACCAUUUGGCAGGAACAUCUAAAGAUGUUGAACCAUGUAUAGCGGUGCCAGAUGAAGUAAAAACUGAGAUGUUGAAUCUUCUUAUUGGAGGAGCACAACAAGGAAAAUCAUUGAACAAAAAUUUGGGGUGCAAUGUGCAAGAAGUACAAGAGGAAGAUGUUAGUGGUGGUUCCGAUAUUUUCAAGAAAAGCAGAACAUCUCCUCCUAUUACCCUCAAUACCAUAUUCAAGAAGAACUUGAGGGAGGAGGCAUGUCUUGACAUUUGUACUGCUAUGUAUAAUAAUGGAAUUUCUUUCAAUUUUGUGAAUAGCGAUGAUUUCAAAAAGAUGUGUGAAUCAAUUGCUAAGCAUGGACCGGGUUUCAAGCCACAAUCUUAUCAUGAGUGUAGAGUGAAAUACUUGAAGCAAAAAUAUGAUAUGACAAUGGUUGUUGUUGAUUCACAUAGGGCUCUAUGGAAGAAAACUGGAUGCACAAUAAUGACUGAUGGAUGGACUGAUAAAAGAAGAAGAACAAUAAUCAACUUUUGUGUGCAUAGCUCUAUGGGAAUUGUGUUCCUUAAGUCCAUUGAAGCUUCUCACAUCACCAAAACAGCUGACAAGAUUUUUAAGAUGAUUGAUGAUGUGGUACAAGAGAUUGGUGAAGAAAAUGUUGUCCAAGUUGUGACGGAUAACGCUGCAAAUUAUAAAGUUGUUGGGGCUUUGUUGAUGGAGAAAAGAAAGAAAAUAUAUUGGACACCUUGUGCUGCUCACUGCAUUGAUUUAAUGCUAGAAGAUUUAGAGAAGAAAAUACCCCUUCAUAAAGACACAAUUUAUAAGGGGAAAAAAAUUACAACUUAUAUCUAUUCAAGAACAUCUCUCAUUUCAAUAUUGCACAGCUUCACCAGUGGCAAAGAUUUGAUUAGACCCGCCAUGACUCGCUUUGCCACAUCCUAUUUGACUUUGAAAUGCCUCCAUGACCAUAAACUUCCUGUAAAAAGAAUGUUCAUGUCAGAUGAAUGGAAGAAUAGCAAAUAUGCAAAGUCAACAGAUGGAAAACUUAUUGAAAAUACAGUGAUGGAUAAACACUUUUGGAAAAGGGUUGAGAUUUGUUUGAUAGGGGCACUUCCUUUGAUUGAAGUGCUUCGGUUAGUUGAUUCAGAUGAUGCAGCCAUGGGCUCCAUUUAUGAGGCAAUGGAUCGUUCCAAGGAGAAAAUUGAAGAGGAUUUCAAAAAAAAACCUUCAUUUUAUCAACCUAUUUGGGAUGUCAUUGAUGCAAGAUGGGAGAGGCAGUUACAUAGGCCUUUGCAUGCUGCAGGCUAUUACCUUAACCCAAAACAACAUUAUUAUCCUACAUUUAAAGUUGAUUAUGAAGUAAAGGUUGGACUAUAUGAUUGUAUAAAAAGGAUGGUGGGAGAUAUAGUUGUAGAAAGAAAGAUUGAUGAACAACUUGAGGAAUUCAAGUAUCGUAGAGGUCUUUUUGGGUCUACCUUUGCUAGGGAUGGAGUUGAAACCAAGAGUCCAGCAGCAUGGUGGGAAUCUUAUGGUGAUGGUGUUCCAGAGCUCCAAAAAUUGGCUAUCCGUGUACUUAGCUUGACAUGUAGUUCCUCUGGGUGUGAGCGGAAUUGGAGUGCUUUUGAGAUGGUCCACACAAAGAAAAGAAAUCGUUUGAAGCAGGAGACAAUGAAUAAUGUUGUUUUUGUGAUGGCUAACUCAACAUUAGGCAAGAAAAAACAUAGAGAAUCUCCUCGAAUUGAUUAUAACUUUGAUGAAAUUGAGUCGGAUGAUGAAUGGAUUGUGGAACCAACAUAUGAAGAAACUUUGGAAGAUGUUGAAGAAGAUCAAGAUCCCCUUGGCUUGGAUGAUCCAAAUGAAGAAGAAGGGAACUUGAAUGAUUUGGAAAUUCCGGAAUUUAUUAGUGGAGGAGAAGACGAAGAAGAUGAUAUUGACUUAGACUCUGCUGACUUAGAUUAGAGAUGUUGAUCUCUUUAAUAAUUUUAUUGCCUUAGUAUUUUGAUUUUAGUAUGUAUUAUGAUGACUAAGUUCAAAAUUAAUUUUUAUUUCCUUAGUGUUUGGACUUAUGUA